UGACAGUCUCCAGGGGCCCGGCCACGGCCAGCUCUAACACUCUUGUUCUGUUGCAGGGGUUGUGCUCACCGUUGGGCUAGUUAGCAGCCUUAGAGAUGCCUCUAGGUUGGUUGAAAGGGAGCAAUUGAUUUUGGAGUGAAUGGUGGCUUGUCGGCCGCUGGAAGGAUGAGGGGCCGUGUUGCCAGAGAAGAGCCGGAACCGGCUCUCUUUCCUGGGGCGGGUGAAGAUGAGUGAUUCUGGCUCUGCACAGGACGGUGCUUCUUUGUUUGCUGUGUGUUGACAUGAAACGACAGUCUUGGUUUGGGGAGAGGUGUCUCGCGGUGCUGUGAGUGGGCGAGAGCAGUGUGGUGUGGCGUAGGCAGCUGAGCCAGUGCUGGUGACGCACCGCACGCCUGGAGGCAGAGUUGUCACGUGUUCGGCGGUUCUGUGGCAAAUGAGCCCGAAGAAACCCGAGGAGCGUUGAGGGGUUUUUUUUUAGAGUCCAACCUGGAGUCUAUUUUAAGUUUUUGGUUUAUAGUGUAAAUGGUGUGGCAGGUGUCGGGGUGGCAGCCGUGGUCUUUUCCUAGUGUGUACUGAAGGAGAGUAGGUAAGAGAGUGAUGUUCACACUGUUUUCUGGACACCUGCUGUUUCUUACACCUGCUGUGCUGCCUGACACUUGAGACUUUGAUUAAAUCUAUUCUCUGCAUAUUUGCCUUGAGGCAUCGGAGCAGUAGUACUACUUAUACUGUGCAUUUUCCGUGUGUGGGUAAGCUGGAGGUUCAUGGUUUUGGUAAGUAUAUGCCUAAGAUGCAUGGUGAUUAGGUAAAACUAAUUUGCAGUUUUUCUGUUUUAUUGUUGUUGUUGUUGUUUGUUUGUUUGUUUGUUGUUUUUUUAAAUGUUUGAUGCCUUUUUAAAAGUUCUGAUCUCUUUUCUGAAGCAGAGAACACUACUUUUCUGGUAUUAGGUUUCUAUAUUAAUUGACCAACUAACACACUUUUGUAUAAGUUUUAAGUAAGAGAGACCAUGUAAGUGAAUAUUAUGUUACUGACCAAAAUGGCAAACAUUUUCAUAGGACCAGCUUCCCCCAAGAAGAGCUUCUGUCAUUGUUUCACUACAGGGCUGGUGGCAGCUCUGGAUCUUCCGUAGAAUUCGUUGAGCUGGGUAGUACAGUAUAUAGGCUUUCUUGAUUCCAUUUGGCCAGCAUAAGAAGUUCAUUGGCUCCCCCCAUGAAAAAAAAAGAAAAAAGAAAGGAAAAACCAACAAAAAAUGAAAUAAAAACCAAAAGUAAAAAAAAGGGAAGAAAUACCAUAGAUUGUUGAGAUUUUAAUUUUUUAUGUGGGAGAAAAAAGCUACCUGUGCAUGUUAGUUUGGUCACUCCCCUGAGCAUCUGCAUAUUCCUUUCUCUCUCUCUUAAGGUACAGCAUACUGGAGUGCUAACUCUAGUAUACUCUUCUAGAUGCCAGGGAACGCCAAGAGCCUUCCUUUCACAGGAAAACAGCGGCACGCUUUUCCUUCUCUCUACCCUCUUGGGGAAGAGCAACUUAAGGCCUGUGUUAUUUCAUAAGAUUCCAUCCUAGAACAAUUGAGAAAGCAAUGGUCCCAUCCAUAGUCUCUCUAAAUUAAAAAAAAGAUUUAAAACUAUAAGCAAAGCAAACUUAUUUUUUUGGAGUACCAAUUCUAAUAAAUUCCUUUUUAAUUGGACAUUGAAGAAUCAGCCUGGUUUUGAGAUUCGUGCUAGCAAUGAGCAUACCUUCUGUUCUGUGGAUUUAAAUCCUUUCAAGGAACAUUCAUUUUAGAUUUUUGCACAUUUUCUAAUACGACACAAUUUCCAAACUGGCUUAGUCUGUUCUUACAGAAAUGUGUGUAAGAACGGACUCCCCAAAUAUGGGGAUAUUUCUUUUCUCCCCUCAGGCAUCGCUGAACCUUGGUAGCCAUAUGCAGAAUAUACAACCUAGUUCGUGUGUAUGUAUGUUUUUUUAACUGGCCAGACACCUAUACAUCAGGACGAUCCAAGGUUUCAGUGAUGCCAGUGGACCAGAGCUCUGUGCAGAGUGUCCAGAGGUCACAAUAGUGUUAACGGAGUACCAGAAAGGAUAAGGGUAUGGUCCUGACCUAAGAUGAAUGGCCAGACUUGCUAAAGUUACAGAGAUGAUAUGUGGCCUUCUUGGAUUUGAACAGUUUAAAAAGACCAGGCCUGACCUAUGAUUUUUGUGUAAAGAAUUAGCAUCCACCCUGUAGAUCUGCAAGAGAAGGCUACCUCCUGCAGUGCUGUAUCUUGGUGAAUGCUAACUCUGCUCAAGGGCCUUUGGGGGAAAGGGCAGUGAAUAGCCUCUAGAGAGGUAAGUUUCCCACCCUCCCAACCUCUCCCCAGCUGCAGCUUGCUUGAUGCUGUCAGGAUCUGGUUUUGGGGGGAGUCUCUCUGUAGUAGAACCAGUGACAGAAGCUGUUCUUUAGAAUUUUCAGGAUGGCUGUAUUCUGCGGUCAGAAUGAGAGAGUCAAGCUGGGCAGAAUCUCUCGCCAAGAGUUCAGGUAAGGUAAUGUUUAUUCACUGGGAAUGCUUCCACAGCCAGACAGCUAUGCUGACAACCUCUCGAGUUUUCUCCCAGUUUGUUUACGUUUAAAUGAUAAGUUUGUAACUUUUUAAAACUAAAUUUUGGUUGGAUUUUUUCAUGAAAACCUUUUUUUCUUUAUCCCAUACAUACAAAAUGGUUUGAAAUGUAAUUGUUUUUUUAAGAACCCUGUGUGUUGGAAAUUCUUUAACCUGCUGUUUCCUCUCCCCCCCCCCCCGAAAGUUUUACAUAAUGUAAGCUUCAUUAUGUCUUUUACCUUCCCCUGGCUCCCCACCUCCGGGAGGUACUAAUGCUAUUACCCAGUGCUGAAAAAUGGCACUGUAAAGUUAUGGGAAGGAAGGAACCCCAAACUACAACCUGCUGUCCUUUCACGCCUUCCUCUGGAGACUGUUCCAUCGGUGCCGAGGUGUGUGAGAAAAUGCUUUACGGCACCGCCAUCUUACUGAGUUGCUUCACGUGAGGAAAAAAGGGGUUUUGACCCUGCCACUCAGUGACUCAGUUCCACAUUUUGGAUUGCAUACUGGAAAAGAAGCCAAUCUUCUUGCUAGUAAACCAACAACCCAGCUGUAUGCAGUGGUGACCCAAACAAUGGAUAUAAACCUAAAAAUCUGAGGGAGGGGAGAGGUGGAAUACAAUAGUUCUCGGGAUCUGAAAUCACCUAUUUAUUUGAUCAGGUUACUUACUGACGCUUGACAGAAAUCUGAUUGGUGGGGAUCUCUUAGGAUCUAGUGGACAUCUGGUAUUAAUUUCCUUUCAGGAAAAAUGAGCAAUGCUAGUUAACCCAGAGAGCGUCUGGGUUCUGGAAUUCAACCUUAGCCGCCUCAGGACAAUUGUGUCUGGCCUCCAUUUUUGUCUGUCGUUCAGAGCUGGCUUCCAUCUACAAGUACCCUGUGCUAUAAGGAUCCAGGGUAGAUGGGUGGAUGGGUUUCUCGUUCUUUUUUUUUUUUUUUCCCUUCCUUCAGGGUGGGGGAUCGGUUUGACUUUCUUGCGGUUUUUUAUCUCAUUUUCGGCAAGAUCAAUUUUAGCUGCAAGGACUUGAAAAAAAGACUCUGAAGGAUGCCGCCCUGUUUUUCCUUGAGGCCUAGAUUUUUGUAUUCUGUCCUGAACAGAAGUCAUCCGUCACAGCCUGCUGAACCAGUAGCACCCAGGGAUUUUUAAGCAGAGUUCCCUCUUUGGGGGAGUUUUUAGUUUUGUUUCGUUUUGUUUUUUUUUAAUUCUCUUUCCUUAGCAGCAAGGUCUUAUUCCUGGAGAAUCCACUCCAUUGCAGACUCACUGCAGCUUCGAGAGCCUUAAUCGAUUAAGCGCUGUCAGCUUGAUGUACUGCUCCGGACUCUGGAAACAGCUGUGGGUUCUAUUCUGUAUUUCCACUGUGUGUAGCUAAAACAACAGUCGGAGGCCAGAUGACCUGUUAGAUGGCUAGCCUUGUAAAAACUCAACUCUGUAUGUUCCCAUGUAUGUUACCGCAAUGCUCCUUCUGUUGUACAGUGUCUGUGAGAUGCUCUUUGAAGAUGGUACUUUUAUUUUUUUUUUCAUUUUCAAUAAAAGUACAUUACCUCCCACUUCCUGGUAUUUAAUCCUGUUGCUGAAUGUGCCUUGUGUGAGUGUGUGCUCCGGCGUUGCAGGACCUCAGAGCUGGAGGUGGCACUCGGUGGUUCUUGGGGGCUGGCUGCCUUCCUCACUGCAGGUGGUGUUAGACAUAUGCUACCUGAGGUAACAUGUUUUUGUUUUUGGGAGGGAGUGGGGAGUGGGGAGGGCCUACGGGAGGGUUUCUGGAUUUUGGAUAGUCUGCUUUGUUUGCUCUCUUCUGUACUAUUAAACUGCCGAUGUUUAUUUUCAGGAAUGUUUUGCAAAUGCACUUCUCACUCUUCCCCAGUCCAACUGUAGGCCUUCGUGGUGAAACACCUCUUGGAAUACACCCAGGUCACAGAUUCUAACCUCAAGUACAGCUUGCUGUUAGUCCUGGGCCUCUUUCUGACGGAAGUCGUGCGCUCGUGGUCACUCGCGCUGACUUGGGCAUUGAAUUACCGAACUGGCAUCCGCUUGCGGGGGGCCAUCCUAACCAUGGCAUUUAAGAAAAUCCUUAAGCUAAAGAACAUUAAAGAGAAGUCUGUGGGUGAGCUCAUCAACCUGUGUUCCAACGACGGGCAGAGGAUGUUCGAAGCAGCCGCCGUUGGCAGCUUGUUGGCUGGAGGACCCAUUAUUGCCAUCUUAGGCAUGAUUUAUAAUGUAAUUAUUCUAGGACCAACAGGCUUCCUAGGAUCAGCCGUUUUUAUCCUCUUUUAUCCAGCAAUGAUGUUUGUAUCACGGAUCACUGCAUAUUUCAGGAGAAAAUGUGUGACCACCACAGAUGAACGUGUCCAGAAGAUGAAUGAAGUCCUCACUUACAUUAAAUUUAUUAAAAUGUAUGCCUGGGUCAAAGCAUUUUCUCAGAUUGUUCAAAAAAUCCGAGAGGAGGAACGUCGGAUGUUGGAAAAAGCUGGGUACUUUCAGAGUAUUACGGUUGGUGUGGCUCCCAUUGUGAUGGUGAUUGCCAGUGUGGUGACCUUCUCUGUUCACAUGACCCUUGGCUUUGAUCUCACAGCAGCACAGGCUUUCACAGUGGUGACUGUCUUCAAUUCCAUGACUUUUGCUUUGAAAGUAACACCAUUUUCUGUAAAAUCCCUCUCGGAAGCAUCAGUUGCUGUUGACAGAUUUAAGAGUUUGUUUCUGAUGGAAGAGGUUCACAUGAUAAAGAAAAAACCCGCAAGCCCUCACAUCAAGAUAGAGGUGAAAAAUGCCACCUUGGCAUGGGACUCCUCCCACUCCAGUAUCCAGAACUCACCCAAGCUGACCCCCAAAACGAAAAAAGACAAGAGGGCUGCCAGGGGCAAGAGAGAGAAAGUGAGACAGCUGCAGCGCGCUGAGCAGCAGGCCGUGCUGGCAGAGCAGAAAGGCCACCUCCUCCUGGACAGUGACGAGCGCCCCAGUCCUGAGGAGGACGAGGGCAAGCACAUCCAGCUGGGGAGCCUGCGUCUGCAGAGGACACUGUACAGCAUCGACUUGGAAGUCGAGGAGGGCAAACUGGUUGGAAUCUGUGGCAGUGUGGGAAGUGGAAAAACGUCACUCAUUUCAGCCAUUUUAGGCCAGAUGACACUUCUAGAGGGCAGCAUUGCAGUCAGUGGAACCUUCGCUUAUGUGGCCCAGCAGGCCUGGAUCCUCAAUGCCACUCUGAGAGACAACAUCCUCUUUGGGAAGGAAUUUGAUGAAGAAAGAUACAACUCUGUGCUGAACAGCUGCUGUCUGAGGCCUGACCUGGCCAUUCUUCCCAACAGCGACCUGACUGAGAUUGGUGAACGAGGAGCAAACCUGAGUGGUGGGCAGCGCCAAAGGAUCAGCCUGGCCCGGGCCUUGUACAGUGACCGGGACAUCUACAUCCUGGAUGACCCCCUCAGUGCCUUAGAUGCCCAUGUGGGCAACCACAUCUUCAACAGUGCUAUCCAGAAGCACCUCAAGUCCAAGACAGUUCUGUUUGUUACCCACCAGUUACAGUACCUGGCUGAUUGUGAUGAAGUGAUCUUCAUGAAAGAGGGCUGUAUUACAGAAAGAGGCACCCACGAGGAACUGAUGAAUUUAAAUGGUGACUAUGCCACCAUUUUUAAUAACUUGUUGCUGGGAGAGACACCCCCGGUUGAGAUUAAUUCGAAAAAAGAAACCAGCGGUUCACAGAAGAAAUCACAAGACAAAGGUCCUAAAACAGGAUCAGUAAAGAAGGAGAAAGCAGUGAAGCCAGAGGAAGGGCAGCUGGUGCAACUGGAAGAAAAAGGGCAGGGCUCAGUGCCCUGGUCAGUAUAUGGUGUCUACAUCCAGGCCGCGGGGGGCCCCUUGGCUUUCCUGGUCAUUAUAUCCCUUUUCAUGCUGAAUGUGGGCAGCACCGCCUUUAGCAAUUGGUGGUUGAGUUACUGGAUCAAGCAAGGAAGUGGGAACGCUACAGUGAUGCAAGGGAACAGGACCUCCGUGAGCAACAGCAUGAAGGACAAUCCUCUCAUGCAGUACUAUGCCAGCAUCUACGCCCUCUCCAUGGCAGUCAUGCUGAUCCUGAAAGCCAUUCGAGGAGUCGUCUUUGUCAAGGGCACUUUGCGAGCCUCCUCCCGGCUCCAUGAUGAACUUUUCCGAAGGAUCCUUCGAAGCCCUAUGAAGUUUUUUGAUACCACCCCCACGGGGAGGAUUCUCAACAGGUUUUCCAGAGACAUGGAUGAAGUCGAUGUGCGCCUGCCAUUCCAGGCCGAGAUGUUCAUCCAAAAUGUCAUCUUGGUGUUCUUCUGUGUUGGAAUGAUCGCCGGAGUUUUCCCAUGGUUCCUGGUGGCAGUGGGGCCCCUCUUCAUCCUUUUUUCAGUUCUGCACAUUGUCUCCAGGGUCCUGAUUCGAGAGCUGAAGCGUCUGGACAAUAUCACACAGUCACCUUUCCUCUCCCACAUCACAUCCAGCAUACAGGGCCUUGCCACCAUCCACGCCUACAACAAAGGGCAGGAAUUUCUGCACAGGUACCAGGAGCUCCUGGAUAACAACCAAGGUCCUUUCUUCUUGUUCACGUGUGCAAUGCGCUGGCUGGCUGUGCGGCUGGACCUCAUCAGCAUUGCCCUGAUCACCACCACCGGGCUGAUGAUCGUUCUCAUGCAUGGGCAGAUUCCCCCUGCCUAUUCAGGUCUUGCCAUCUCCUAUGCCGUCCAGUUAACGGGGCUGUUCCAGUUCACCGUCAGACUGGCAUCCGAGACAGAAGCCCGCUUCACCUCAGUGGAGAGGAUCAACCACUACAUCAAGACUCUCUCUUUGGAAGCACCUGCCAGAAUUAAGAACAAGGCUCCCUCCCCUGACUGGCCCCAGGAAGGUGAGGUGACCUUUGAGAAUGCAGAGAUGAGGUACCAAGAAAAUCUGCCUCUGGUUCUGAAGAAGGUGUCCUUCACCAUCAAACCCAAGGAGAAGAUUGGCAUCGUGGGGCGGACCGGAUCAGGGAAGUCCUCACUGGGGAUGGCCCUCUUCCGUCUGGUGGAGUUAUCUGGAGGCUGCAUCAAGAUCGAUGGAGUGAGAAUCAGUGAUAUUGGCCUUGCUGACCUCCGAAGCAAGCUGUCCAUUAUUCCCCAAGAGCCAGUGCUGUUCAGUGGUACCGUCAGGUCAAAUUUGGAUCCCUUCAACCAGUACACUGAAGACCAGAUCUGGGAUGCCCUAGAAAGGACACACAUGAAAGAAUGUAUUGCUCAGCUACCUCUGAAACUUGAAUCUGAAGUGAUGGAGAAUGGGGAUAACUUCUCGGUGGGGGAGCGGCAGCUCCUGUGCAUAGCCAGAGCCCUGCUCCGUCACUGUAAGAUUUUGAUUCUAGAUGAAGCCACAGCUGCCAUGGAUACAGAGACAGACUUACUAAUCCAAGAGACCAUCCGAGAAGCCUUUGCUGACUGCACCAUGCUGACGAUUGCCCAUCGCCUACAUACAGUCCUAGGCUCUGAUAGGAUUAUGGUGCUGGCCCAGGGACAGGUGGUGGAGUUCGACACCCCAUCAGUCCUUCUGUCCAAUGACAGCUCCCGGUUCUAUGCCAUGUUUGCCGCUGUGGAGAACAAGGUCGCUGUCAAGGGCUAACUCCUCCCCGGCCGCUGUCUCUUUCCCUUGGAACAUUGCCAUUCCCUGCCUAGGGCGGGCCCUUCAUCGCGUCCUCCUGCCGAAACCUUGCCUUUCCCAAUUUUAUCUUUCGCACAGCAGUUCAGGAUUGGCUUGUGUGUUUCAAUUUUAGGGAGAGUCAUAUUUUGAUUAUUGUAUUUAUUCCAUAUUCAUGUAAACAAAAUUUAGUUUUUGUUCUUAAUUGCACUCUAAAAGGUUCAGGGAACCGUUAUUAUAAAUGUAUCAGAGGCCUAUAAUGAAGCUUUAUACGUGUAGCUAUAUCUAUAUAUAAUUCUGUACAUAGCCUAUAUUUACAGUGAAAACGUAAGCUGUUUAUUUUAUAUUAAAAUAAGCACUGUCCUGAUAACAGUGCAAGUUCCUAUCAUUUUUGUACAGUUUGCUGUACUAGAGAUCUGAUUUUGCUAUUAGAUCGUAGGGAGGGUAGCAUACUGUUCUUCUUCGGCUGGUGGUUUCACGGUGCCGGGUUCUCCGGAUGUCCAAAAGAAAGAUGUGUGGCAAGAGCGGGCCCUCCAGCGGCCCCCUCUGCGCCUUCUCACAGCCACACCUGGGGGGCGGCAUGGAGGGGGCCGCCAGAGGCCAUGCAGAGCGCCGUGAAUUCUCAGGGCUCCUGCUUUCUGUCCUGUUGUCAUUCACUGUUUCUGUCAGGAGAGCAGUGGGGCACAGCCCCAGCCCCCUUUUCACUCCCUCCGUCAGGAAUGAGAAUCACAGAAGAACAUUCCUCGGAUGGGGGAGUCUCUUUCCUGCCUUCCUCUUUUUGCUGUUGUUUCUUAACCAGAAUCAAGUCUAUUCACAGAGUGUCCCACUGCCUCAGGUUCCUAAAUGCUGGCCACUGCACAGAGCUGUCCAGCUCCUACACCUGCUGGCCCCACACCCCGGGGCCAGCUGCUGCUUUCGUCAGUGGUACUUUGUCAUUUGCCCGGUCCCACGCCUCCACGGUUCAGUGACAGGGUUCAGGAGUUUGUGGGUCUGUUCUCUCUCAUUGCCGUUGUCACACAGUCUGUCUCUCUCCAAAGUCUGCGACUUUAAGCAGCUCUUGCUACCAGUGUCUCACACUGGUGUAGAAGUUUUUUGUACUGUAAAGAGACCUACCUCAGGUUGCUGAUUGCUGUGUGGUUCCGUGUGUUCCCGCAAACCCCCUUUGUGCUGUGGGACCAGUAGCUCAGGUGGGCGUGGUCGCUGCUGUCAUCAACAGAAUGGUCAGCGUUGCAUGUCGUGACCAACUAGACAUUCUGUCGCCUUAGCAUGUUUGCUGAACACCUCGUGGAAGCAAAAAUCUGAAAAAGUGAAUAAAAUUAUUUUGGAUUUUGUAAAAUUCUUGGUGUAUAAAACUGUACUCUGGGAAGGGAGCAAGAUGUCUGUGUGAAUGGCCUUGGGGUACAAGAGCCUUGGCUCUGAAGAUCCAAUGACAGACUUACAUGCUGGUAAGACCAGUGACAGAACUGGUUGGUGGCAAGGGGGGUGGGGCCCAGUGUGCCUGGAGUCC